GUUGUUUGUUUCCCUCAAAUCCAUUGGCCUAACUUUCUGCAAAAAUCAUUUUGUCCGCACUGUACUUUCUUGGCAUUAUCAUCAUCUCUCCGUCCCCACACCUCAUUCCCCCAAUCUCCUCUGUCACUCUGCAGCCUGCACCAAAAAUCUCUGCAGUCUCAUAACACCCACGAAGGAGGGGAACAAACGUCGAACAAAAAAAAAUUACCCACCUCUCUCUCUGCACAUGGCGACGUUACUCCGGUGCCGGCCAAUAAUCGCUCCCCCUACAUAUUCCUUCAACCACCAAUCAUCGCUUUCCAGCGCUAAUUUCCGUACUCGAGCUUCCCCACUUCGUCGUCGCUCUCGUCACCGGGGACUUAGCAUGGCGGCGGCCGCCGCGACAGAAACCCCGAUGGAGCAGCAAGAACAGCAGCAGCUCAAAAAGGGGAUCGCUGAUUUCUACGACGAGUCCUCCGGCGUGUGGGAGGACAUUUGGGGGGAGCAUAUGCACCACGGGUUUUACGAACCCGACUCUCGGGUUUCCGGGUCCGAGUCCGACCACUGUGCCGCCCAGAUUCGGAUGAUCGAGGAAUCACUCCGCUUCGCCGCCGUCCCAGAGGAGGCAGAGAAGAGGCCAAAGAAAGUGGUGGAUGUAGGGUGUGGGAUUGGUGGGAGUUCCAGGUACCUGGCAAGGAAAUAUGGAGCCAAGUGUCAGGGGAUCACUCUCAGUCCUGUUCAGGCCCAGAGAGCCAAUGCUCUAGCAGCUGCUCAGGGUUUAGCUGACCAGGCAUUCUUCCAAGUUGGGGAUGCUUUGAAUCAGCCAUUCCCAGAUGGGGAAUUUGAUCUGGUUUGGUCCAUGGAGAGUGGAGAGCAUAUGCCUGACAAACCCAAGUUUGUGAGUGAGUUGGCUAGAGUUGCAGCACCAGGGGCCACCAUAAUAAUUGUGACAUGGUGCCACAGAGAUCUUGGGCCUAGUGAGGAAUCCUUGACCAAGUGGGAGAAAGAUCACCUUGACAAAAUCUGCAAGGCUUACUAUCUUCCUGAAUGGUGCUCCACUUCUGAUUAUGUCAAACUACUCCAAUCCCUCAAUCUCCAGGAUAUAAGAACAGCAGAUUGGUCUGCGAAUGUUGCCCCAUUUUGGCCAGCAGUUAUCCGGUCCGCCCUCACAUGGAAGGGCUUCACUUCCCUCCUCCGAACUGGUAACCCUGUUCUUCUUUCGCCAUUGAUUUGAUCCAACUCAAGUAAAUGACGAGUCUAGUAAAAGAAGGCUGUCUUUCCUGGCAACUCAUUUGAGCUUUACCUUGGAUUUGAUCACGGUGAACAGGUAUGAAAACCAUCAGAGGAGCAUUAGUGAUGCCAUUGAUGAUAGAAGGGUUCAACAAGGAUCUCAUAAAGUUCUCCAUUAUCACAUGCAAAAAGCCCUGAAUUGAUAAUCCUGCCAAUUAUUCUUUGCUGCUUGGGGAAGGAUUGAUGCAGCAGGUAUACAGCAACAGUGAACUUUUCCCCUAAGAAGAAAAAUAAACAGGGAAGACUAUACUUUGUAGUACUGGAAAGGGAAAAUAGUUGUGUAUUGUGUAACAAAACUCAUACCGAUUGAUCCAACUAUACUUCAGUGCUAGCGAUGAAUCCAUGAUCCAAAAUGAACAUUUCUCAACUUUCCUAAGUUAUAUCCAGAGAAUGGCUACAAGAAAUCUUCAGCUUCUUCCUCUAAUUCUAAAUCCUU